AUGGCAGCCUCUCCCAAGCUUCCCUCAAACUUCCAGAUCAAAAGUUUUGAUCCAUCCACCACCAUAAUGAAGAAAAAUGAGCUCAAGAUUAGCAACUUAUACCUGCACCACGCCUACCGCGAGCCAAGCCCGACGCAUCUAACCCUUCUGAGCCCUAAAGGUCAAAGUGGGUUCGGUGCUACUGUGUCCAACAACUGGGCAAUACACGACGGGCCUGACCUCAGUAAAGAUGCCAUCGUUGCUCGAUCGCAAGGGCUGCACAUGCAGAGUGGUAACUGGCACAAUUCCUUCACCAUUGCUUUUGAGAUUGAUGGGCUGAAGGAUUCUACACUUCAAGUGAUGGGACUAGGUGUUGACAAGGGUACUGACCAGUGGAGUAUUGUCGGUGGGACUGGACAGUUUACUUUUGCACAAGGUUUCAUCAACAAAAAACUGCAUAAAGUAGUUGAUACUGGGAAUAUUAUAGAGCUUGACAUUUAUGCGAUCUUCCAAACGAAGUAUACACAUACAUAUACUAGAGAUGGACCAAAGGGUGGGGACGCAGGGCAAGCCCGUGAACCAAAAUAUGAACCUCACCGCCUUGAGACCAUCAAAAUUGACCAUGGUGACCUCAUUUAUUCGAUAGAGUACAGUCACAUUGACCAAUAUGGCACCAAGCACACUGAAGGAAGGGGUACAGAAGGUUCAGAAACUGGCAUAAUCGAGCUUGGUCCUACUGAGUUUGUGCAUGAAGUCUCUGGAACGCUUGGCAAAUGCAACAAUAUAUAUACUGUUUUGUCAUCACUGACGAUAGUCACAAAUCUCCGGACACUGGGGCCAUAUGGUAAAGAAACAUCCGAAUCUCCUUUCAGCCUUCCUGAGAAGAAGGGUGGGAGUGUCGUGGGUUUCUUCGCUAGCACUGGAGUUGCAGUUGGUGCACUUGGUGUUAUUGUGCGUCAGUGA